UCUUAUAAAACGAUCCAAUAAAGUUCCUCACAUUAUCAGUGCGCUCCGACCAACAGGUUCCCCACCAUGUCGGGCAAAACGUUCCGUGCGGCAGCCAUCGUACUCUCAAUAGUGGCAUCUUGUGGAUUUGGCCAAGAUGUGCCAUCCAAAGACUGGUGGGAAACGGCUCUGUUUUACCAAAUCUACCCGCGGUCGUUCUACGACACCAACGGGGACGGAAUCGGCGACAUCCGGGGAGUGACGGCCAAACUGCAGUACCUCAAGGACACCGGCAUCGACGCGACCUGGCUCAGUCCGGUGUUCAAGUCACCCCAGCGGGACUUUGGGUACGACGUGAGCGACUUUCUGGAGAUUGACGCCCUGUUUGGGACCAACGCCGACAUGGAGGAACUGUUUGCGGAGGCGCGCAAGCUGGGCAUCCGGAUCGUGCUGGACUUUGUGCCGAACCACUCCAGCAUCGAGCACUGGUGGUUCAAGCAGUCGGAGCUGGGCGUGGAGCCGUACAGGGAUUACUACGUGUGGCACCCGGGACGGCCGGUUCCCGGGCAAAUUAAGCCCGAUGUGCCGAACAAUUGGAACUCCGUCUUCUACGGCUCGGCUUGGGAGUGGAGCGACGUCCGGAAGGAGUACUACCUGCACCAGUUUGAGGUGGGUCAGCCGGACUUGAACUACCGCAACGAAGCGGUGAUCGCCGAGUUUGACGAGAUAUUGCGCUUCUGGAUGGGGAAGGGCGCGUCCGGGUUUCGCGUUGACGCCGUCAACCACAUGUUCGAGGACGCCGAGUUCCGCGACGAACCGGUGGUGGACCCGUCCGAUCCGCUUCGCUACGGGUACACCAACCUAAUGUACACGAACAGCUUGCUCGAGACUUACGACGUAAUUGGUCGCUGGAGACGGGUGAUUGACGAUUAUGCAAAGGAACAUAACCGGGAGACGAUAAUCAUGAUGACGGAAGCUUACACCAGCAUGGACAUGAUCAUGCGCUUCUACGAAUCCGACGACGGAGUCGAGCAGAGAGCGCAUUUCCCCUUCAACUUUGCCAUGAUUACGGAACUCAACGCGCAAUCGAAGGCCCGCGAUUUCAAGUACGUCAUCGACCGAUUCUUGGAGAACAUGCCGCGCGGAAAGGUUACAAAUUGGGUUCUUGGAAACCACGAUCAACCCCGCGUAGGAAGCCGAUACGGAGUGGAACGUAUUGACGGAAUGCUGCUGAUGCUGCUGACACUGCCGGGCGUGGCGGUGACCUACAACGGGGAAGAGAUUGGAAUGGUCGACUAUCGGGAUAUAAGUUACGAGGACAGCCGCGAUCCACAGGGUUGCAACGUAGGGCCGGACGAGUAUCAGUGGAAGUCGCGAGAUCCCCAGCGGACUCCGUUUCAGUGGGACGAUACGUACAAUGCAGGAUUCUCGAAAGCUGAAAGACCGUGGCUGCCCGUACAUCCGUACUUCCGCCAGACGAACUUGCUCAAGCAGAAGGAAGCCGAUUACAGCACUUACAAGUUCUACGUAGAUGCGGUUAAGCUGCGCAAGAACGAUGUCUACUCCCACGGACUGUUCAAAUCUCGCGCAUUAUCAGAGAAUGUGUUCGGGUUUGUUCGCUACAUCAAAGACCAGCAAGACUCGUACCACAUCACUGUGGUCAAUCUAGCUAAUGAAGUGACAACCGUCGAUUUGCUCGACCUGUUCCAGGUCACCAACAAAACCGCAAUCAAAUUGACCGGCACCGAGUCCCGCUUCAAGGUCGGACAGCAGGUGAAUCCAACCCGGCUAACGCUCGGCCCGUACGAAUCGCUCGUAAUUGCAGAAUCAUCUGGUAUCGCUCUCCGGAUGACACUCUGGUUGAUGGUAGCAGUGUUGGCAAGAUAUCUGUGUGCUAUAAUUGAAUCACAAUAAAACUAAUUAUCUCUGUCUUUGAUACCGUCGAUGGGAUGCUACCAGCGCAAGCAAUUCCUACAAUGCAAAGGCAUCAACGAAACACUAAAUUACUCACGAGGAGUACAAUUCGCGCUAGAAAAAAAAAGCACUCAACCUGGCGCUUCGAAAGCAACAGCCAUUAAUCAUUAAUGAGUCGGUUUAAAAGCGCCUGGGAUGGAGAAAAUCCAUCUUUUGCACCUGAUUGAAUCGCCGGAAAGAAGUUACGGCGAGGAAGGAAUAGUUAAAAAUUUAAGUCCUGUUUACACUUUCAUCGCGUGCCUGUCUGGCGGUGAUAAUUAGCUUCAGGAUAUUCAGCUGACGUUUAAAGUUUUUUUCACAGGGCACAACUCUACUAAUUGUUGUUUAAUUGUUGUUCGAGUUAAGAUUACUCCAGCGGUGCGAGAUCCAUAAUCGCCGUUCGCCAACUGAUAAGACCAUUGAAAUUCAUAACCAUUUUUAACGACGCGCAAUAACUCACUGUACCCUCGCAUUUUCCCCAAAAAAACAAAAAAUGAAUACAACAUUCUCCAUCCCAACAAUCCUA